GCUCAUGUGGCAGCUGUUAUGCAUUUUCUUCCAUGGGCAUGCUGGAAGCAAGGAUACGUAUCCUCACAAACAACACUCAGAAACCCAUCUUUAGUCCUCAGCAGGUGGUGUCUUGCAGCCGGUAUUCUCAGGGUUGUGAUGGUGGCUUCCCAUACCUCGUUGCUGGAAAGUAUGUCCAAGACUUCGGUGUGGUGGAAGAGGACUGCUUCCCUUACACAGCCCAAGACUCUCCAUGUAUUUUCAAGCGCAGCUGUUUCCACUACUACACCUCUGAGUACCACUAUGUUGGUGGUUUCUAUGGAGGCUGCAAUGAAGCCCUGAUGAAACUCGAGCUUGUUCUGCAUGGGCCAAUGGCGGUUGCCUUUGAGGUUUAUAGUGAUUUCAUGCUUUACAAAGAGGGGAUCUACCAUCACACUGGGCUGCAGGAUGACUUCAAUCCUUUUGAAUUGACCAAUCAUGCUGUCUUGCUGGUGGGCUAUGGUACAGACCCAGAAAGCGGUGAGAAGUACUGGAUUGUGAAGAACAGCUGGGGCACCUCCUGGGGAGAAGAUGGUUACUUCAGAAUCCGCCGUGGCACUGAUGAAUGUGCAAUUGAGAGUAUUGCAGUGGCUGCAACUCCUAUUGCAAAAUUAUAACUGCAGAGGUCUUCAUCCAGUGCCUUGUCUCCCCAGCCAUAAGAACAUACUGAUUGUUAGAAACAAUGUGGGUAAAACCUGUCCCCUGGCUUGAACAGGGGAGCUUUGAUGAAAUUUUCUGGAAUAGAGUAAACAGUUUCCCUAGGUGAGAGGAUGAACACUGUUAGCUCUGCUCUGUGCACUGAAG